GGGUACCCGCGCGCGCCACUCAUCCGAAAGCCCCUCGUCAAAAACACUAAUCGAUCGUGGCUCAUCUGUUUUCAUCCCCCCCCUUUAUAAUGAUAAUGACUGUAGGCUAGGUGUCGCAGUGUAAUUUCGCGGAGUGCUUAGUCCCCUUGGACGUUACACCUGAGCGAGCAGACAGGUCGGUCUAUGAUCUAUGGUGGACCGACCGACCUGUACAGUGUCUGCUGCUUCUCACCUGUGUUUACCUUUAAGUUUCCCUCAGAGCUUAGGUUAGGCUACUGGCAGAAGCUUAGUAACACAUAACGCUAAUAAUGUCUCCAAACUGACGGUGUGUUUAAAGUGAAAACUGUCGAGAUACGGCUAUAGAUAAUGUGGACUCAAGCAAUUUGACACAGACCCACAGACGUCACCCCAUUUGAAAUGUUUUCCUUUUCUUUGGGUAAGGGCUCAUGGUCAGCAAAGGGUUAGUAUAUCCAGUCACCGGGAGGCAUGGAGAGCAACGAAACUGUGUUUGAUUUAUUUUGUCCAUCUGUUGACAUCUUUACAACUUUUUUGGUCAGUCUAUAGUGUCAACAUUGGGCGCAACAGCAUGGUUUCCCGCCGCCUCUUAUUCUGGUCAACGCCCUAUGAGAUAAGGUGUAAUGAAAUGGGCAGUUAUUUAACUGAUUUGCAUAGUAACUUUAAAUUGAAUGUUUGCAUUAUGUGUGGCUCUAUGGGCUUGGAUUAGGUUUCUCAACAGUUUAAUAACCUCUUAAACUGACUUUUGAUAAUAAUGUAGACUAUUUCAUUAUGUUUAGGCUAUAGCCUUGUGCGUAUGUUAUAUUUGAUGAGAAAAAUCAAAUGGCAGAAUUGAAGACAGGCUACUCACUUAUUCUCAACCGUGGUUGCGGUAGGCUAAAUCUUCCAUCUGUCUCUCCCUCUCCUAACUCCUCUCUCUCCCUGUCUGUCAACAUGCGCUCUCUCUCACACACUCACACACGAAGUCUCGCAUUUUUGGAUUUGCGUUUCAUGCUGGGGGGUCAGCUGCAGCAGCCGAGCCGCAGUGAGUGGCAUGUUCCAGCGUCUAGCCCUCUGACUAGCUGCGGUAUGUACAUGCAUGGACAGGACACGAUCCGAACUACUGUCGCAGACCAGACUUACAUCUAAAGCGCAUGGACAGACUCUGAACACUGACUUCGUGCAGACAGGCUGAGGCUCCACUGGGGGAAAAGGAAGAGAGGAAGACAGGGCAAAAGGGAAAAAGAGACCAAGACCCAGAGAUACACUGACAGAGAAACAGAGAGAGAGAGCCUCAGUGUUCCCUAACUCUGUAAAGGUAAGGGUAGCAGAGGAGACAUACAAGAGGAAGUGUGUUCAGGAGAGCCCAGGGCAUUUGGGCUGCGUUACCUCUUUAGCCCUCUAGUGGGUGCCCUCGCCCAUAUCAGGCCUGGAGGGACAUGGCCAUCUGAAAGACUCUUCUCUCUACCACCUUCCACCACUCCCUCUAUCAGUCUCUUUUUUUUCAACAACGUAACUCUAAUCAACUCUCAUUGCCAUGGAGAAGACAUACUCCCUCACAGCCCACUACGAUGAGUUCCAGGAGGUCAAGUAUGGUGGUCGAUAUAGUAGCGGCACCCUUAGCAACGGCAUGAGCCUGCACUUGGGCGGGAGCCUAGACCGAAAUAUUGGGCGUGGCCGAGGCAAAGGGGGCGGGGCCAGUGAUCGGAGUCGGGACCUGAGUGGCAUCAACAGCGGACAGAGACUUCCUCGUUGGAGUCGCAGGGAGAUCUGCCUGCUCUCUGCUCUGGUGUUUGCUGUGGGGAUGUGUGUCAUCCUGGGCAGCAUGCUGGCACUCAAAUACAUCUCCCUGGACUUCCAGCAAGAGGGGCACUGCAGACAGGACUGCCAGAAGAAACGCUCGUUAGUCCGCGCCGCACGCUUCAUCCAGGCCAACAUCGACCCCACCAUCCAGCCCUGCCAGGAUUUCUACAGCUUUGCCUGCGGCGGCUGGCUACAGCGCCAUGGCAUCCCAGAGGACAAGCUGAGCUACGGCAUCAUCACCGCCAUCGGAGAGCACAACGAGGAGAAGCUACGACGCCUCCUGCUGGAGCCCGUGCACCGGCACACCGUGGACUCGGCUGAACGCAAGGUGAAAGAGUUCUACCGCUCCUGUGUGAACAUCCAGGAGAUUGACAAGCUGGGGUCGGGUCCCAUGACGGAGGUGAUUGACAGCUGUGGCGGGUGGGACCUGGUUGGAGUGCCCUCUGGUGGUGCGGGGUGGGAGAGCAGUACUGCCCCAGCCAGACCAGACUUUAACGAGCUGCUCUAUAGGACCCAGGGGGUGUACAGCACUGCGGUCUUCUUCUCUCUGACUGUCAACGUGGACGAUAAGAACUCCUCACGCAACGCUAUCAGGAUUGAUCAGGAGGGGCUCACACUGCCUGAGAGGACUCUGUACCUGGGGCAGGAUGAGGACAGUGUGAAGAUCCUGGCGGCUUACAAGGCCCUGAUGGAGCGUCUGCUAAGCAUGCUGGGGGCUCACAAUGCCACUCAGAAGUCCAAAGAGAUCCUACAGCUGGAAACACUCCUAGCCAACAUUACUGUGUCUGAGUAUGAUGAACAGAGAAAGGACAUCAACACUAUGUACAACCGCAUCACCCUGAGACAACUACAGCGCAUCGCUCCUAGUCUGCAUUGGAAACGUUUGUUGGACAGAAUCUUCCAUGAUAACUUCUCUGAGGAUGAAGAGAUCGUGGUGUUGGCUACUGACUACAUGGAGAAAGUCUCCGAGAUCAUCAAGACCACCUCCAAAAGGGUUCUCCAUAACUACAUGCUGUGGCGGAUUGUAGCAGCUCUCAGUGAACACCUGUCCACGGCGUUCCGGAGCACCAUCCAUGAGUUUUCCCGGGAGAUUGACGGUACGGAGCGUCAGCUGGAGCUGGGGAGGCUGUGUUUCACCCAGGCCAACAAACACUUCGGCAUGGCCCUUGGAGCACUCUUCGUCCAGCAGCACUUCUCUCCUCACAGCAGGGCCAAGGUACAGGAGCUGGUAGAGGACAUAAAGCACUCACUGGACCUCCGGCUGCAAGAGCUGGACUGGAUGGAUGAGGUGACCAAGGAGGCAGCCAAGGCCAAGCUGCAGCAUAUGAUGGUGAUGACAGGCUAUCCAGACUUCCUACUCAAACCAGAGCUCAUAGACCAGGAGUAUGGGUUUGAUGUGGAUGAAAAUACCUAUUUCAAAAACAUCCUCAACAGUAUUAAUUUUAACAUCAAGAUGUCUGUCAAGAAGAUCCACAAGCAGGUGGACAAGACCGCGUGGCUCCUUCCCCCUCAGGCCCUCAAUGCCUACCAUCUCCCAAACAAGAACCAAAUGGUAUUUCCCGCUGGAAUCCUUCAGCCCACGCUGUACGACCCCGAGUUUCCACAAUCUCUAAACUAUGGAGGAAUAGGAGCCAUCAUCGGUCAUGAGCUGACACAUGGAUAUGAUGACUGGGGGGGACAGUAUGAUGGCCACGGCAACCUGAAGCAGUGGUGGACAGAGGAGUCAUACAAGAAGUUUCAGAAGAAAGCAGAGUGCAUCGUUAAACUCUACGACAACUUCACCGUCUAUAACCAGAAAGUGAAUGGCCGUCUGACUCUGGGGGAGAAUAUAGCAGACAUGGGAGGCCUUAAACUGUCUUAUUUUGCAUAUCAGAAGUGGAUCAGAGAACAUGGUCCAGAAAGACCUCUCCCUGGACUCAAAUACACACAUGAACAACUACUCUUCAUCGCCUUCGCACAGAACUGGUGUAUGAAGAGACGGUCUCAGUCCAUAUACCUGCAGCUACUGACUGACAAGCACGCACCAGAGCAUUACAGGUACAUACACUUCCUCACUUUUCUGAUGUGCAUCAGCCUAUCACAGGCCGUACAUAAUAUGAAUCCCCUCUCUGAUUGGACCGUUAUCUCUCCCCUCUUCCCCUGCAGGGUGAUUGGCAGCGUGUCCCAGUUUGAUGAGUUUGCCCGAGUGUUUCAUUGUCCAAAGGGUUCCCCCAUGCAUCCUGUCAACAAGUGUUCUGUAUGGUGACCUCUGAACUCCUCCACCCACCAACAACAAGAACUUACCUGUGACCUCAACUCUCCUCGCCAACCUGUCUGAGGUGUUCUGUUCAGAUUCACUUCCACCUCAAUCCUGGGACUACCUUUUUCUCUUAUCACAGAAUUUGCAAGCAAAUAAUGACAUCUCCACCAUGAUUACUCAUGUACAUAUCCAGUGCUUGACUUGGGCAGGAGUUCACCGGUGCGGAGUACUGGCAUCUCAAAUGUUCUACCGCUUGAGCUCAUGUUCCUCUUAUAGAAUAUUAUUAGCUCAAAGUAUUGUGGAGCUCCUGUACCCAAAAUGAGUACCGGCACCUAUUUCAAUCCAAGUCAAGCACAUCAUUUAAUUAUAUAUUUACUCUUCUUUUUUUUUUUUUUCAACAUGUGUCAUGGGAUUACUUUUUUGGUUUUGAAUUGUCAUGUCAAUUCAUUCAUUAUUUGAAUCACUUAAACGUCAGAUGUUGACAGUAGUAAAAAGUGUUAUUAAAUAAUAUUAAAGAACUUUGUGUAGAAGGGAUUGGGGAUUGUACUGCCAGUAUGGACUGCAUUUACUCAGAUCAGUGUUUUGCCUGCCAAUGUUUUUGGGAGUCUUUUCUAUGAGGUAAAUAGUGGACACCGUGCUGCCAUCCAGUGGCUGAACAGAGGUGGUCUCCGAUGUGGAGACCUUGUUCAUCUUGACUGUUGUUACCCGUCUGGUCUUGGCCUUCUGGACACCAUUGGAAUGGUGUUACUGUGAGUAUGUGUGUUUGUACGGUUUUGAAUCCAUAGUGACCUUUUGCUCAGGAUUUGUAGCUAAGUGUGUCCCCAGUGGCAAAGAAUUGUGAUGGAACAUCCUGGACUAGUCUGUCUGAACCAUUAACCCCUCACACAUAGUGUACAUCAAGGUGAACUAUGCUUCUCAAUCCACCGGAGACUCCAAUCUCCCCAUGUCUCAGAGUAUGGAUUCUUUAGCAUGACGAUUGUGUUUAAGAUAGAAGCAUGAACCUGUUGAACAACAUCAUCCAUCCUAUUGGAAAACUUAAACAGAGCCAUUUCUAUUGGAUUAUGUUAACUCUAGGGCCUUCCUUGAUACAGAGCAUACUCACUCUGAAUGCCCCUGGGCUGGUCUGCACAGGCAAGAAGCUUUCAAAGGAAGGAUCAAUAUCAUUGAUAUUCCUCAGUCAUAACAAAUCAUCUAUAUUCUGUACAUACAAAACUGUGAAUCCAGUCAAAAAAACAUUUGUACACAGUAAUAUUAUAAUUUUGUAUGAAGAAUCUAAAAAUAAGAACAAUCUUUGUAUAAUUGUACAGUUCUUAUUCUGAAAACAGCAUGUUCAAAACCAGCUUUAUACAGUGCAGACUGAGAUAAAAGGAUGACAUCACAUUCAGCUGCUAUCUCGCUCAUAUGUCUUGGUGUUCAAUGUUUUGGAUAAAUAAAAGGGAUCAUUGUGUGA